AUGAACCGCAAACGAACUCCUAAGAAGCACUCCUCUUUCCUCGUUAAAAAGAAGCAAGAAAGAGAGCUGCUGAAUAAGAGUUUAAACGCCUCUACUGAAAUGAGUUCUGAUCAACUGUCAAGCAUACUUAAUAGCUCAGUCGACAUGUCAACUCAAGACACGGCACUUAACCAAACCAUGCCAGAUAUAAGGAGCGAGGACAUUUUCUCAAGCAAUAUCUUGGACAUUCCUGUAGAAAAUGUAAUCCCAGAAGAAAAUGAACAAAAGAAAGAGGACGAAAGUUUCGAUAAAACCAAUCCCAACCCUCAGAAGAAUGAAGUAAAAAAUGAGAAAGAGGUGAAUAAUCAAAGAGAAAAUAAUAGCUCAAAGGCAGAAGAAAUUGUCGUUAUAGAAGUAGAUGAUGACGGUUUUGGACAACAAAGUGGUCCAAAAGGAAAAAGUAUUAAAAAAGCAUCGAAAACUAAGGUGAGGUCCAAGCCAAGACAAAGCCAUGAGGAGGAAGAGAAUAAAGCAAAAACUGGACAAAACCAAUUAGAUUAGGUUAUAUUUAGCAUAUUUUAAGUCCGCUUUUUUUAGACACAUUCGUUUCGGCGUGUGACAUCUCGAAUCCGGCUGAAACCGGCUUCUCGGUAGAGGUGAAGGUUUUGGGCCAUCUACUGGGUUUGCUGACCACCUCCAUUUCUAACCCUUCGACGUCGUCAAGUUUUACGCCAAUUCUAUGAGUGCUCCAAGACAGAUUGUUACAUGGGCAACCAUUUUCAACUGGCCGAGUCCCGCUUAUCCAUCUAACUUACCUCCUUUUUUCCAGUCAUUCCGAGAAAGAGCUCAACAGCUUUCACCAUUUCGGUCAAGCCACAGUAGCAUCUUCGUCAGAUAUGGCGCCCUGCUCAUAUCAGGUACCCGCUGGGCUGAGCGCUGCUGGCCAAAAAAGUUGUAUUUAACUUCACAUGGAGUCAGGAACAAAAACAGCGGCUUUGGUUUCGCGUAAUUCGCUUUGGGGCUAUUAACUAUAGCUAGGCCAUAAGCAAAGCUCAAAACCAUGCCAGCAUACAUAAGAUCACCUUCCACUGAGAGGCAAGUCGCUCAUCUCCUGCCAUUUUAUGCAUUACAAAACCAAUUAGAUGUCUCAAUUGAACAGCCAAAGUCAAGGUAAUUUUUAGUUAGCUAUACCAAAGUGAUUAUUGUGGGAUCAAUUUUUGCAAUUGCUGCAGCAGCAGGAGUUUAUUUCUAUAUGAAAUCAUCAAAGAAACCCUCAAUUAAAUAA